CCCAGGCGCCCUCUUUAACCAUUCUUAAAUCAAACUAGCCUGUUGAGGGGGCAAGAUCUUUCCUUUGGGCCUCAGGGUCUUAACACAGACUGCUACCACUGCUUGAAACACUUUCCCCACAUUGUACUUGGCUAACACCUACUUGCCCUUUGGGUUUCAGUGUAAAUACUUCCUCAGCCUCAGGUCUGUGCACUACAGUCUCACAGACCUCUGUAUUUUAGUUUAGGAGCAGUUAGCCACUACUGUGAUCAAAUUAGUGUCUACUCCUUUCAUUCCAUAGAAUCUCCAACCCCCACCCCUCGACCCUAGAUCGCAUUUCCUGCUUUAUACCCACGGUGCCCAGCACAUAGUAGGUUCCCCAUAAACAUCGGAUGAUAAUAAAUUUAGCAGACACGCUGCUUGCUAUUUUAGAAAAGAAGUGCAGAUACACACUUCGUACCAAAUUAGGAAGAGGACUCUAUCUUUGGCCAAGUUUCUGUUUGGCUGUUUUUUUAACAGCUUGUUUAGGUUAUUUUAUAAGCAUUACUCCACUAAAAUCCACUCAUGUAGUUAGCAUUUGGCCAAACGGCGCUACAGGAGAUCACAACCUGGUGGGACCGGUCCCAACUCGAUACGGACAGUAAAAAUCAAGCGGGAAGCAACCACGUUCAGGACUGGGAAAGCCCGCCUCCCCUACUUCCGGUCCCGCCCUUCGCUAGGAGCACGCCGGGGACUGGCCGCCGGAGCGGAGGGCGCGGACGGGGCGGGACUUCCUGUCUUUUUCCGGAGAGGAAGGACGCUUCCCCGGGUUGCGGGAAGAUUUGAACUGCUGUUGCUUUCCUGUGUUUUGUUUUUUUGUUUUUUAUUUUUUACGGGUUCAUAGUUGGCGCUGCCGCUUCUCCCCCGCUACCCAAACAGGACGGACGUCUCGGCCAAAACACUCUCUCUGUGACCUUAUUCCCUUGCGGCCGUGAUUGUUUUCUCUCAUCGAGAAACAUCACUUGUUGGUAAUUUGUCAAAUUCAAGAAGCAACCCUGGAGAAACAGUCGUGGGCAGGCUCCAAGCAUUUUGGCAAAGUAAAGGGGCCUUUGGCCUCCUUUCCACGACUUUUCAUCUCAGAACUGCCGUGUGAGUCCAAGACGUUGGUUGUUUUGUCUUCACCUUGGAAGGACGUUUUAUCCCCAGUCCUAGUAAUGGCAGCUGAAGUGCGGAUGGUACUUUAUGAAGAUGAUUCAGUGCAAGUGCACUAUGUUGAUGGUUCCAGACUGCAGCUUUCUCCGUGUGGCUCCGAAUUUUUAUUUGAAAAGCCACCUCCUAUUUCAGCACAUCCUUUAGAACAACCAGAAAGAAUUCGGCAAAGGACACACUUUGUUAUUAGCACUUACCGAGAGCAACUACAGCGAGCCCUAGAUUUUCGAAAUUCUUUUGCUGUUUGCCCUUUUUUAUCUGAAAGCAUCAUACCUUCUGAAAGAAAAAAGCUUAUCUUCGUUGACUUCUCAGAAGUGAGGUGGCCCAGGCCUGACACCGAUGAUGGCAUGAUACUUACACAGAGCGGCAGUGUGAAGAUAGCAUCGUUGGAUGGACAUGCAUACCUUUGCCUGCCCAGAUCACAGCAUGACUUUACAGUACAUUUUUUGUGUAAAGUAAGCCAGAAGCCAGAUUCGUCUAUAGUAUUGUCAGAAAAGAAGAAUCAAGCCAGAAAGGACAAGCUAGUUGAAAAAGCAGGCAAAAUCUGUACCUAUGGAAGUUUACCAAGACAGAGACUGAAGAAUAAAGAGAAUGAACUUUAUUGUCCACUCAUGAAAUCCAAGGAAACUUUAGAGAAGAAGAGCUGUGCAGAUGGAGCUGAAGGGAAGGAGGAGCCACCUCCGCCUGGUACCCGACACACGUGUGUGUACACGUGGGUGAAGCAGCGCUGGCCUGUGGCCUCCUGUCCAGAGGAAUGGAAGUAUCCUUUGUCUUUAGCACUUCAUUUUCAUAAUAAAAUCAGCAGUAUGUCGAGAAGUGAGGCAGACACCACCCAGAGUAGAACAUUCACUUCUGAGAUUUCAGAGGAAAGAGGAAAAGAGGUUUCUGUUCUUCCCAGGGCCCUGCUGCUCAGCUGUCCUGUCCCCCACCUGCACAGGUGGAAUUUUUGUGACUCACUUUCACAAAGACAGUUGGAUGAAGAAUAUUCCUAUCCCGAGCUGGUGAAAGUGGUUUGGUACAAAGGUGUAACUUACCGACUAAACCAUAAAAAUGUGAACUCAAUAGAGAUUUAUCCUGGAGAUGGAUCUGUUUUCAAGUCAGAGGGAGCUUAUUUUGGGAGGUAUUUUACGUAUUAUCCCAUUCAAGAAGGAUCAGAAGAGAGAGAAGAGAAAACUUAUUCAGUAAAUAACCUUCCUCCUGAUAGACCAGGAAGUCUGUUCUCUGUGUGUUCUCUAAUUAAACAGGCAACCAGAAUUCUUCAACAUUGUACCAAGACAAGGCUUUCUUUAAGCCAUAAUUAUCGUAUAUGCUGCUGGAAAAUGUGGAGAAAGAGGGCAGGGGAAUUGAUUGGAUUUGAAGUACCUGGGAUAAAGGAUAACAAUAUACUGCCUUUGCUUUUGAGAGAAUCACUCAUACCCAGCGUGGGAAGAUUUCUUGCAUACUCCGACGACAAAGUACAUGCUCUCUUUUUAGAUGGCAUUACUCUAACCCUAAAUUGGAAUUUCAGCUCUUUUAUUGAAAAGAGACAGGUAGAUCAAGGUCUCAACUUAGGUUGGGGUAGGUUAACUUUUCCCGAUGGACAAGAUCAGUUAAUUCAGAUUGAACAUCCUGGACCAUAUGAAAGAUAUGUGACAGCAGUUUUAUCAUGGUGCAGAAGACUGACCCAGACUAGUCAGAGAGAGAUGCCCACACAUCCUUCAUCUUCUCUUGUUGAAGAAAACUGGUCUGUGGCCUCUGAGCUUGAAAAAAUAAAGAAGUUUAACUUGCUAUUGGAGAACAGUGGUAUCCUAAACCAGAUUUCUAACAAAAAAAACAAACAGUCUUCUGAUCAUUAUGAAUCAAAAUCUCCAGAAACCUUGCUGGAAGAAGUUAAUGAAAAGAGAGUAUCAGUGGCAUUGAAAAAAACCUCUGAAAUCCUUCAGGAUAUUGACUGUCUUCUAUCAAGUUCUAAAAGAUGAAAAACAAUUAUUAUAUACCUUAAGGAUGCUGUUUCAAGUGACUAGUAUAAAAUUAUUAGUAAGCCAAGAAAUUAUAUAUAUUACUUUUUUGCAAUGUUAUAUAUUUUGCAAUUAUAUUAUUUCUUUGCGAUGAUUAUAU